AUGGCCGAGAUUAUCGGGACCGUUUCUGGGGCCUUCGGCCUCACAACCACGGUCUUGCACAGCAUCAGAGUCAUUUCCAGCGACAUUGAUGGUAUAAAACGAGCGUCUCAGGACAUCUUGAGCCUCAAACGAGAACUUCGAAGCGUCGAAUGCCUGAUCCAAAGCCUCCAAAUUUCGCUGGAGGCGGAAGCUGAGACCGACGACAGCCAAGAACGCGUAAUCGUGACCGCACUCCUCGCCUGCGAUUCUUCGUGUGGAAACUUCCGUCGUGAAUUCUCUGGGCUUUUGAGUUCGACAGACGGAGGUUUGAACUUGGUUGACAAGAUCAAAUUCGGGCUCUGGACCAAGAAGAGGAUGGAGCCUUUCUUGGCUGAUCUGAGCAGCUGCAAGUCAACCGUCAGUCUGGUUCUCAGUGGCGCAAACUACUUUGCAGCACGCGAGCAAUUCAAGCAACUUCAAUCCGUUGUUGCUAAAGAAGCGACUGAACCACGCCACCAAGAUGAACGCAUUGUUGAACCUGAGGACGACUUUCGACGGGCAGAGCAGUGGUCCCAGGGCUAUCAGGAGCAGCUGUCUUUGUUGUUGAGCAAGGUUAAUUUGAAUCGGACCAAAUUCAAAAUGGGCCGAGUGGACAUGGUGGACUCGCAUGGCGCCGUUGGUCUCAACAAUGUAGACGGAACAGAGGGCGACUUGGAUAUUCAAUUUGGCGAUGUCAAGGCCGAAGGAUCUCGGGCUGUGAUUGGAUACAACAAGAACAUCAAUCUCAAUGCGGUUUUCCAAUAG